AUGAGGGAAGAAAAUCAGUCCUCUGCUCUGGAUUUCAUCCUGCUGGGAAUCAGUGGUCAGCAGAAACAGGAAGACUUCUUCUUCUUCCUUUUCCUGUUCAUUUACCCCAUCACAUUAAUUGGAAACCUGCUCAUCAUCUUGGCCAUCUGCUCUGAGAUUCGCCUUCACAACCCCAUGUAUUUUCUUCUCGCCAAUCUCUCGCUUGUUGACAUCUUCUUUUCCUCUGUAACCAUCCCUAAGAUGCUGGCCAACCAUCUCUUGGGCACCAAGGCCAUUUCCUUUGGGGGAUGCCUAACACAGAUGUAUUUCAUGAUUGCCUUAGGUAACACAGAUAGCUACAUCCUGGCUGCUAUGGCAUAUGAUCGUGCCAUGGCCAUCAUCCGCCCACUUCAUUACACAACAAUCAUGAGCCCACGGGCUUGUGUCCUCUUAGUUGUUGGGUCUUGGGUGGUUGGAAAUGCCAAUGCUGUCCCCCACACUCUGCUCAUGGCUCAUCUGUCCUUCUGUGCAAACAAGGAAGUGGCCAACUUCUACUGUGACAUUGCCCCUUUGCUCAAGCUGUCCUGUUCUGACACCCACUUCAAUGUGAAGAUGAUGUACGUGGGGGUUGGUGUUUUCUCUGUGCCAUUACUAUGCAUCGUCAUCUCCUAUGUUCGGGUCUUUUCCACAGUUUUACAGGUUCCAUCUAUGAAGGGUGUGCGCAAAGCCUUCUCCACCUGUGGGUCCCACCUCACAGUUGUUUCUCUGUAUUAUGGGACAGUCAUGGGUAUGUAUUUCCGCCCUAUGACGAGUCACAGCCUCAAGGAUGCAAUGAUAACUGUGAUGUACACGGCCGUGACCCUGAUGGUAAAUCCUUUCAUCUACAGUCUGAGGAAUAGAGACAUGAAGGCUGCCCUGGGGAAACUCUUCAGCAAGAGCACCUCACAACCAGUGUGA